AUGGAGCCUCUGCCUGGCUGGGGGCCGCCUCUCUGCAGCCCCGCGCCCUCGGCCGACUUCCUGAGCCUGGCCCUGUGUCUGCUCCUCCUGAGAGCCCCGCCCUGCGUGCUGGCCACGCCCUCGUGCAAAGAGGAGGAGUUCCCCACGGGGGCCGUGUGCUGCCCCAAGUGCAGGCCAGGCUACCGCGUGAAGGAGGCGUGCGGGGAGUUCGCGGGCACCGUGUGCGCGCCCUGCGCGCCCGGCACCUUCACCGCCCACCUCAACGGCCUGCGCGAGUGCCUGCCCUGCCGCGCCUGCGACCCGGGCCUGGGCCAGGUGACCCGGCGGAACUGCUCGUCCACGGCCAACACGGUGUGCGGCUGCGGGCGCGGCCACUUCUGUGUGCGCGAGGACGGCGACGCCUGCGUCCAGUGCAGGCCCCACAGCGCCUGCCGCCCCGGCCAGAGGGUGCGGGAGUCGGGCUCCGAGGGGCAGGACACGUGGUGUGAAGACUGUCCGCCUGGUACCUUCUCUGCGGGGGGCACCCAGCCGGCCUGCACGCUCUGGACCAAGUGCAGCGGCCUGACCACGGUGGAGACGCCUGGGACCAACAGCUCCGACGCCACGUGCUCCCACAGAGUCCUCAUCAUCUCCCUGGUCGGAGCCAUCACCGCCCUCACGUUCCUCGUCGCCAUUGUCCUCGGACUCAGGCACCGCAGGACCAGGAAGCUGUGUGGAGAAUUCGCCUUUCCUCAGGGAUUGCAGCCCGGCGCCCCGGCGGGGACAGGGGAGCGGGCAGAAAGGAAGCCGCAUUGGGACCAGCAGGCCGGCCGGGUCCAGCCAGACGUCACUACGGAGCCGGUGGAGGAGACAGUGGCCAUGUUCCCGCAGAGGGGCCCGCCAGCGGACACCUGGCUUCACGAUGCGGACACCUGA